AUGCGCUCCUCAGCAAUCUACGCGCAGAACGGUAUCGACUUGGCAGCAGCACAGAAUAUCGCCAUCAGGUCUGUCCCUCUCAUUCCCCUACCACUCCCCCGUCUCUUCCCCCCCUCCCUUCCCCCCUUCUCACUGAUCCUUCUCCCAUUUCCCCUCCCAUCAACCUUCUCAUUCCUCCCUCUCAUUCCCUCAUCUCUUUCCCUUUCACAUCCCAUUCGAACAUCCCGUUUCCUCCUCCGAUUUCUCCCUCCCAUCCACCCUCCCUUUCGCCCUCUCACUCCCCCUCUCAUUUCCCUUCCGAUUCCCCCUCUAAUUCUCCCUUCUCAUUCCCUCCUCUCGUUCCCUCUCUCAUUCCCCCUCUCAUUCCCCCUCUCGUUCCCUCUCUCAUUCCCCCUAUCAUGGCCCCUCUCAUUCCCCCUCUCAUUCCCCCUCUCAUUCCCCCUCUCAUUCCCCCUCUCAUGCCCCUCCCCUCCGCUAAUCCCCGCAGGAGGUAACUACGCGGCAGCAGCACAGCUCACAGUAAAUCGACAUCAGCAGGGUAUCGACUUGGCACCAGCAAAGUGUUUCAACAUCAGGUCUGUCCUUCUCAUUUGCCUCCCAAUCCCCCCUCACCCCGCUUUCAUUCUCCCCACACAUCUCCCCUCCCAUUCUUUCGCUUUCCCCUCCCAUUCCCCCACUCAUUCCCUCUCCCAUCCCCCUCCCAUUCCCCCACUCAUUCCCUCUCCCAUCCCCCUCUCAUUCCCCUUCUUAUUCCCACUUCUCAUUCCCGCUUUCCCCUCCCAUUCCCCUUCUCAUUCCGCCUCUUAUUCGCCCUCCUAUUUCCCCCCUCUCAUUCCCCACUCCCAUUCCCCUCUCCCAUUCCCCCCUCCGAUUCCCCACUCCCAUUGCCCCUCUCAUUCCCCACUCCCAUUUCCCCUCUCAUUCCCCACUCCCAUUCCCCUCACCCAUUUCCCCUUCCAUUUCCUCCACCCUGCUAUGGUCCACCCAUGA